AUGUGUGUUGUAUCACCGGGAGGGUGUAUCAUGCACUCACCAACAAACAAUGUGUCAGGGGUCUCGCGCCUGAAACCCAGGUCUGGUGUGAGUGUUGAUGAUGAUGAGGUUGAUGGUGUUGGUGAUGAGAUUGGUGAUGUCGAUGAUAAUGAGGUUGAUGGUGUUGGUGACGAGAUUGGUGAUGUCGAUGAUAAUGAGGUUGAUGGUGUUGGUGAUAAGGUUGGUGGCGUCAACACGAGUGUCCAGUGUGUUGACUUGAUGCUUGAAGUGAUCCCCGGACCGCAGUGGACUACUGCCUUCGGUUCUAUCGAUAUCCGGACCGCUAACCUGCUAUGGGCGCCUUCGGACGUCAGGUAG